AUGCCUGUCCAUUGUGAGGAAUUGGGAAUCCGUUUGAAGUGGGACUCGAGUGGCAGAGGAAAAGCUCUCCUCUUCUCACAUCUAUUCUCAGUGCCAGCCGUAUGCAACGAGCAUCGUCUGCUGAACGAUCGUCUCGGUUACGGAAGUGGCUUUCUGUUGAUGAAGAUGCGUUUAGACGAGGCUAGAAAUCUGCAUGAUCAGAAACGUCGAUGCACAACUAGAGCUCUGCAUAACCUAUCUAGUGCAAGGAACAAUAGUUCUCCAAACAAGAGCUGUGAUGUUGGCAACUUGGAUAAAAUGACUGAAAACAACAGUGGAAUUCUGAAACUAGAAAAUAUUUGGCAAAGAACUCUUGAGGAAUGCUGGUUGAUCUGUAUCCCCGUUUUGAACUCAUCACAGUUAGUAGCUGGUGAUUUACACUUGCACCUUAUCAGUGACGAUGGAGAGUUCAAAUACAAGAGUCUGGUGAUGACUCUCAAGGAAUCUGGGAAUUGUUUUCUUGAAAUAUCAAACCUCGUGGAAGUUCAACCUCGAUCCAAAUCAGUUAUUAUUGGGGUUAUUGAUAUUCCAUGCUUCAGAAUGAAAAAUAGUUUCACGGUUACUGGAAUGCUAUCAUACCAAGUCGCCGAUGAACUCAGUUCAGAUGAUCAUCAGAUAAACUUACCGUGCAUGACACUUGGCGCAUGCGAUCUGGUGAAAGGUGAUUUAAUUCCUUUCUUAAAUAAUCAACUCUCAGUACAAGAUAUUGCAUCAGUUAUGGCUGUUUUUGAGAAGACUGACUUGGAAAUAAUUCUACCUGAAAAACACUGCAACUUGGACAACAUAAUGGAUCAACUCGGUUAUUCCAAACUGGUGCUGCCUAAUUGCUCUCCUUGCUUUGUCAACAAUUCUAACAGAACAAAUGCAUUGUCACAAUCGGUCCUUUUCUUGAAUACGACAUCCAAAGAUGUGCACAAUUUUGUAUGCUAUACAAGGAAUGAACAUCAGUUACUGCUGCUUGCGCAUAGUCUACUGAGUCUCCUACCACACAAAUCACAGGUAUUGAAAAAGCUGAGGCCACCAACGAGUCUUGACAAUGCUAUUGAUCAAUUAGGAAGUGAAAUAUCAUACCUGACUGACACGUUAAGGAGUCAUAUUCUUCCCUGUGAUGGACCUCUGCCUGAUCAAUGUCAGUUGAAAUUUAAAGCUGAUCUCUGGCAAGAAAUUAGGCAGAAAAUGUGUGCUUACGAACAAGAGACGGAUUUUGCACUUCAAGGAUUAGCUAUAUGA